AUGGCGUCAUCCAAGACUCCUGGUGUACUCCUCCGUGCCGUCGUAGUUGUGAUUUCGAAUAAGCUCGGCGCGAAAGGAAUGGAUAUAGCAAAAGCGAUGGGAAUUGAAGCUUUGCACAUACCUCAUACUCAGAUCAGAGAAAUUGGAGAUUCAAAAAUCAGUGAGGCACUCCGUGCAAGAGACGUUCAACUGAUUUGCUUGGCUGGCUAUAUGAGGGUGCUUUCGUCAAAAUUCGUCGAGGAGUGGCGAGGCAAAAUCAUCAACAUUCACCCAUCACUCCUCCCAUCAUUCAGA